AUCAGGAAGCGUCAGUUUCAAGCACUGGCGCGGAGCAUAGCGGCAAAUUUCAUCUGAGUUUGAGAUUUAUGGAGAAUAUUAAUAUGACAUACUUCUAUCACCUCACGACUAACUGAUUUCUCUCGACAUGACACAGUCUAUCGUUGUUCAAGUUGGACAGUGUGGUAAUCAAGUUGGCUGCAGGUUCUGGGACCUUGCUCUGAGGGAACACGCACAUGUAAAUAAGAAAGGAAUAUAUGAUGAAGCCUUGAGUAGCUUCUUUCGAAAUGUUGACACCAGGAGAAGCGACGGGGGAUCGGCCCAAAUCACAGGGGGGAAGAUUAGUACCCUGAAAGCCAGGGCUGUGCUGGUAGACAUGGAGGAAGGAGUGGUGAAUGAGAUUCUUCAGGGGCCACUAAGGGAGGUGUUCGACAGCACACAGCUAAUCACGGAUGUCUCAGGAUCAGGGAACAACUGGGCCGUGGGGCACUGGACGUACGGCUCGACCUACCGGGAGCAGAUCGUGGAGCAGGUGCGGCGUGCAGCGGAGCACUGUGACUGCCUGCAGUGCUUCUUCCUCAUUCAUUCCAUGGGUGGAGGCACGGGCUCGGGCCUGGGCACAUACGUGCUGAAGCUUCUAGAAGAGGAGUUCCCUGAGGUAUACCGCAUUGUGACCUCAGUGUACCCCUCCGCUGAGGACGACGUUAUCACCUCGCCGUACAACAGCAUAUUGGCCAUGAGAGAGCUAACAGAACACGCAGACUGUGUUCUACCUGUGGAGAAUCAGUCUUUGGUGGACAUUGUGAAUAAAAUCCGGCACAUGUCCCAGUCCGGUAAAGGCGGCUCUGUGAUUAAGAAGGACAGCACGGUCAUCUCCAGUAAGGGCGGGGUCAGUGGGGUGGAGAAGCCCUUCGAUGCCAUGAACAACAUCGUGGCCAAUCUGUUACUCAAUAUCACCAGCUCAGCACGCUUUGAGGGCUCUCUCAACAUGGAUAUGAAUGAGAUAACCAUGAACCUGGUGCCCUUCCCCCGCCUGCACUACCUGGUGCCGAGCCUCACUCCACUCUACACUCUGGCAGAUGUCAACAUCCCCACCAGAAGGCUUGACCAGAUGUUCAGUGACGCCUUCAGUAAAGACCACCAGCUGAUCCGGGCAGACCCCAAGCACUGCCUGUACCUGGCGUGCGCUCUCAUGGUGCGGGGCAACGUCCAGGUGUCAGACCUGCGCCGGAACAUCGAGAGGCUCAGGCCCACGCUGCCCUUUGUGUCGUGGAACCAGGAGGGCUGGAAGACGGGCCUGUGCUCUGUGCCUCCCGUCGGCCACACGCACGCCCUGCUGGCCCUGGCCAACAACACCUGUGUGCGGCCCACCUUCAGCGAGCUCAGGGAGCGCUUCAGCAAGCUCUACAGGAAAAAGGCCCAUCUCCAUCACUACCUGCACGUGGAGGGGAUGGAGCAGGCGUGCUUCUCAGAGGCUCUCUCCUCGCUUUCCUCCCUUAUCGAGGAGUACAGCCAGCUGGACGCCACCAAGGGCGCCUGCAUGCCGGACGCCCCCAGACUCAGCAUAGCCACGUGAAGAAGCCCUCCAUCUGCACCGGUUUGCCUUUGUGUGUGUGUGUGUGUGUGUGUGCGUUGUGUGUUCAUGGGCUGUGUUUGUGUGUGUGUGUGUGUGUGUGUAAAUGCUUUGAACACAUGUCGAAUAACUACAC